AUGCAGAUGGAUGUUGUGGGCAUAACGCCCAAUCUCACGACUACAUCUGAGUUUCUGCUCAUGGAACUCUCAGACAUCCGAGAACUACAGAUUUUACACUUCUUUAUGUUCCUCACAGUAUACUUGACUGCAGUGACUGGCAAUUUUCUUAUCAUCAUUGCUGUGGCCCUUGAUCAUCGCCUGCACACCCCCAUGUACUUUUUCCUCUUGAACUUGGCCAUUUUGGAUCUUGGCUCAAUUUCUGUCAUAGUACCCAAAGCCAUGGCCAAUUCACUCAUGAACAGCAGGUCAAUUUCUUACUCUGCAUGUGUAGCUCAAGUUUUCUGUCAUUUCUUCCUUGGAUGUUCAGAUUAUGCCAUCCUAACUAUAAUGGCACGUGAUCGGUAUGUUGCAAUCUGUAAUCCGUUGCAAUAUGAGACAAUUAUGCACAGAGAGGCCUGCAUUCAGAUGGCAGUCAGUGCAUGGAUUAUUGGGAUACUCAAUGGUAUAUUACACACUGGAGGAACUUUUGCCAUCAGCUUCUGCUCCAAUGUGGUUGAUGAAUUCUUCUGUGAAAUUCCACAGAUCUUAAAACUCUCCUGUACGGAUAUGUAUCUAGUUGAAGUUGGCAUUAUUAUAUUUGGUUGUUUCCUUGGACUAGGAUGCUUCAUCUUCAUCAUUGUCACCUACAUGCGGAUUUUUGGAACAGUGUUGAGAAUUCCUUCUGUGCAAGGUCAGAAGAAAGCCCUCUCCACUUGCCUUCCCCAUAUCACUGUAGUGUCUCUGCUUAUAUUUACUGGCGUUUUUGCUUAUGUGAGGCCUCACACUAACUCUUCAUCUGAACUGAAUGUGCUUUUUGCAAUUAUUUAUGCUAUACUUCCUCCCUUGCUCAAUCCAUUCAUCUAUAGUAUGAGAAACAAAGAAAUCAAGACUGCAUUGCUAAAGCUCUCCAACCCUGGGCAAUUUUCUAAAAUCAUUGCCAGAAAACCUUUUCUGCAAAAAUGA